AUGUUGUCCGCCGGCUUUGUUGUUCUGCUUGGCUUUAUUCCCCAGGUUCUCAGCAACACCUCGACUGAUAUUUGUUUACCGCAAGAUAACAUGCGUCCUACAUUUUUGCUCUUUUCGGGGCUGGGGGCUUGUGCUGCUGCUGUCGGCAAGGGUGAUGACUUUGCGGCUAAAUGCGCUGGUUUUAAGAACUCGCUGAAGCUGCCCAACACCAAGGUCUGGUUCACCGAGCACGUGCCUGCUGGGAAAAACAUCACUUUUCCUGACAACGACCCAACAUGCACGCCCAAGAGCACUAUCACUGAUGUUGAGAUCUGCCGUGUGGCUAUGUUUGUCACUACUGGUCCCAAGUCAAACCUCACCCUCGAGGCUUGGCUUCCUUCCAACUGGACUGGUCGAUUUUUGAGCACUGGAAAUGGUGGAAUGGCUGGAUGUAUUCAAUACGAUGACGUUGCCUACGGUGCGGGCUUUGGCUUUGCAACUGUUGGAGCCAACAACGGUCAUAACGGCACUUCAGCUGUCUCCAUGUAUAAGAACUCGGGAGUCGUUGAGGACUAUGUUUACCGUUCAGUUCACACUGGAACUGUUCUCGGAAAGGAACUUACAAAGAAGUUCUACGGCAAGAAGCAUACCAAGUCUUACUAUCUUGGAUGCUCAACUGGUGGACGACAAGGAUGGAAGGAGGCACAGAGCUUCCCUGAUGAUUUCGAUGGUAUUGUGGCUGGUGCUCCUGCCAUACGUUUCAACGGUCUGCAGUCCCGUUCUGGAAGUUUCUGGGGUAUCACUGGACCCCCUGGAGCGGCUACCCAUCUCAGCCCUGAGGAAUGGGCCAUGGUUCAAAAGAACGUCUUGGUCCAGUGCGACAAGCCACUUGAUGGUGUUGCCGAUGGUAUUCUCGAGGAUCCCAACCUUUGCCAGUACCGUCCUGAGGCUCUUGUCUGCGGCCAAGGCCAGACAAAGAACUGCCUGACUGGUCCCCAGAUCGAGACAGUCCGCAAGGUAUUCGGUCCUCUGUAUGGUAACAACGGCACAUACAUCUACCCUCGAAUUCCCCCUGGAGCCGAUCAGGGUUUCGGGUUUGCAAUUGGGGAGCAACCGUUCCCCUACUCUACCGAAUGGUUCCAGUAUGUUAUCUGGAACGAUACCAAGUGGGAUCCCAACACCAUUGGACCCAAUGAUUACCAGAAGGCUUCUGAGGUCAACCCUUUCAACGUUGAGACAUGGGAGGGAGACCUUUCCAAGUUCCGCAAGCGUGGAUCCAAAAUCAUUCACUGGCACGGUCUUGAGGAUGGCCUGAUUAGCUCUGACAACUCAAUGGAGUACUACAACCACGUCUCGGCUACUAUGGGCCUGAAGAACACUGAGCUUGAUGAGUUCUACCGAUACUUCCGUGUCAGCGGCUGCGGUCACUGUUCAGGCGGAAUUGGAGCCAAUCGCAUUGGAAACAACCGCGCCAACUUGGGUGGCAAGGAGGCCAAGAACAAUGUUCUUCUCGCUCUUGUCAAGUGGGUUGAGGAGGGCAAAGCACCCGAGACCAUAACUGGUGUUCGCUACGUCAACGGCUCUAGCACUGGAAAGGUCGAGGUUGAGCGAAGACACUGCCGCUAUCCUUACCGCAAUGUCUACCAGAAGGGUGAUUACAAAAAGCCCGACAGCUGGAAGUGCGAGCUGCCCAAGUAA